GUUUCCUGAUACGUUUAAAAUUAGCGAAUUGACGUGGAUCGGACUGACGAGUUCUGUUUCAUCUAGGAAUGCGUAACACACGGGUUUGCCCUCCAUCAAGGCUGAAACCGUGUUACUUCUCCCCUCUUCUUAUCAACAAGACUGUCACAAGUCAUUCAGUGUCCCCAGCAUGGCCAUGCACUUCAUCCACGGUAACACCAUCCGAGGGAACUCAAAACCCGCCAUCCCGGGACAGCGGGCGAAGUCAUCUUCACACACGGCUGUAGGGCUCACUGCCCCACUAGUCGCCCGUGGCUCAGCCGCAAGCAUUGCUAGUUUAGGUACUCUUGGUUGCAGGAGGCUACCGGAUUUGUCGAAGAAUGAAAACAAGUUCAACGUUUUGACCAGUCCGCUAGAAAGGAGAGGCUUCUCGUUCGACAGUGCUCCGUGCCUUGUCCGUAGAAGGUUUGCAGCCUCGAUCUAAAUCUUAGUUGGAGGAACUAAAUCUUAGCUGCAUACGCAGUGACCCUGGACAGGUGAUUCGGUGCCUUAGUGGCUUGGCUGUAUGAUCGCUUAUUCUCUCCAUGGGUGUCUGUGUGUAAAGAUACUUGAGAGCACCGUCAGACAGGGUUUUGAUGGUCAUGAGGGAAAGGUGGAAAAGCCCUCGGCCGAAGUAGCCCCCCC